AUGCCCUUAUCAUCGAAAUUCGGUAUUCGUUUAAUGCAUGAAAAUGAUUAUGAUCAAGUAUUAUCUUUAUUAACUAAUUCAUUUUUUCAUGAUGAACCUAUAGUACAAUGUCUUCAAGUAACUGAAGUAUUAGAAUUUUCAAAAAAUGUUAUUCAUAAUUGUUUACACGAUAAAUGUUCAUGUGUUGCAUAUGAUACAGAAACAAAUCAAAUUGUUGCUAUUUGUCUUAAUGAAAUCAUAUAUAAAAAUAAUAAAGAGGAAAUCAAUGAAUCUAAUGAAAAAAUUCGUUUUAUAUUGGAACUUUUUAUGAAUAUGCAGAAAGACCUUAAUAUUUUUGAUCAAUUAAAUGUAGAUACUCUUCUGCAUAUAUUUAUACUUAAUGUUGAUAAAACUGUUCGUGGUCAUGGACUUGGAUCACGUCUUAUAUCAAAAAGUAUUGAAUACGGUAAAGAAUUAAAACUUGGUGGUGCAUAUGCAGAAGCAUCAAAUGUUUAUUCACUAAAUUGUUUUAAACAACAACAAUUUGAAAAUUUUAAUGAACUCAUAUAUUUAGAUUAUAAUCCAGAACGUUUAGCUAAUCUUAAUGAUAAAAUGUAUGAUCGAUGUUAUCUUGUAGCUCGAAAAUUCAAAUUUUCAAUAUUAUAG